CAAGCGCUCCCGCAUCCCACAGCUCCCACAGUGCUGCUGUGGAGAGCGCUGAGAGCGGGAGGCCAGCAGGAAUAAAAGGCAGCAGGGCCCCCUCCGUGCCUCACUGCCCACAGGCAGAGUCCCAGGAGCCAGGCAGAGCUCUGGGGUCCCAUUGGAGAGGGCUCUCCCAGCUGGCUCCCACCGAAGGCUGGAUUUGCUGCUCCUCUGCCCCAUCUCCCACACGCGCAGGUGAACGGAUUUGGCACCCACUGCACUCUCAGGCACCCCAGAAGGCUCACCACCACCAUGGCUGCUGGCCUGGAGAAAGCCUGCCACCGGUGCAUAUCUAAAAUUGCCAGCAAUGCAUGCUUUAUAUUUGGGCUCCUUGCUUUCCUUGCCUUACCACUGUCCAUGACUUUUAUAGGAAUGAAGUUUUUGGAAGAUUGCCCAGUUCAGCCACUGAUUCCCUUGUAUCUGUUGGUGGGUGGCGUGAUUGGCAGCUUAAAGGUGACUCUCCUGCUGUACGACUCAACCAGGAUGAGGCAGCUGCUUUCCAAGUCUGUUGUGAUUGAUGAUGAUGAUGAUGACGAGUAUCCCUGGAGGCAGAAUGCUCACAAGUACUACGUCCAUCUAACCCUCAGCCUUUUCCUCUUUCUCUGGUUCAUUCUUGGGAACUACUGGGUUUUUUCUGUGUAUCUGCCAAAUUUCAUCCCACCUUUUCAUCAGCCUCAGGAUUACUGUGACAAAACCCUGUACAUUUUUGCUGUUGGUGUUCUCAUUAUUAGCCAUACUGUUCUGUUUCUCCUUAUCUUCUGUAGCUGCUGCAUAUACUGUUUUUCCAGGCAAAGAUUCUCUUCUGAGGAAGACUAAAUGCUACAUAAAUAAAUCUCCAUGUUUGGGAAAGCGUGUACAACAAAGAACAGGCAAUAAUUCACCCUUGUGUACAUCUUUGUUGUAUGAUAUAUAUGUAUGAUAGCAGUCAACUUCAAGGGGAAAUCAAAAAAUACAGUGCCAUCUGGAAAUAGCUAUGCUGGAAUACAGCAUAGUCUAUGCAAAAAUGCUGCUGCAGGUGCCAGGGUGUACUCCAGCUAACUUUUACAUCCCAUUUUUUAACUCUGGAUGUUUUACCAGGAGGGAGCUCUUGCAGAUGGCAAACUCCUCUAAAACCAGAUCCCCCUUAUGCUGUAUAUAGCACAGUACAUUUUUGCCUAUAAAAGUAGCCAUGUUGUUCUCUUCACUGGGAUCUGAACAUCUCCACACAGUCUUGCUGAGGUUUGCUAUUGUCCCUGAGUUAUAGAUGAGGGAGCUGAGACAAAGGGUUGUACUCAGGCCACUUUGCAAAGCACAUGGACUCUGUGACUCUGACAGUAACUGAGAUGCUCACUAGAGAGCUAUUCAGGCCCCUGUCAGACUGGCCAGUAAGCAGCUGUGAUAGCAAUAGGAGCUUGUAUAAAAUGCAGCCUGAAUAUGGCCUUCAGGUCUCUUCUGAACUUGGACCAGGAAGCAUCUAUAUCUAACUUUGGGGCUAAAGCAGACAGUAUGAAUACAUCCAUAUAUGUCCAAUACGUCCAAAGUGAGCCAAGGCUGCUUUGCAAGUCUUUGGCAGAACAAAGAACUGAGCUACUGAGUGUCAGACUGGUGCUUCAACAGGGCUCAGCAUUCCCCAGUCAGGGGAUACACUUUCUAUAGCAGUAAUUUGUCAAUACCACACUAACACAAAAAUUACUGUCAAACCAUUGUGAUCAAGUUCAUAGAAAAACUGAUAAUGUUACCUUGGUAUUUUGAAUAUAGACCACAACAAUAAGACUUGGGUGGGGAUGUGAGAAUUUCAGGCAGAUGUACUCUCUACAGCAGUUCUCUGGUUGUGGUGUGAAUGUACAUUUGAUUUGUUCAUCUUGGUGCUGUACAUAUGGAAAUCUGUACUUAAUGGACAGAUGCAAUGCAAGCAGUUUUUCAGUCAGCAGCAGCAGCUUUAAAAGCACCAGCAUGCAGAGAGACAAUUUUUUUUUGUGACACGUAAUGGAACAACCCCAGAAGUGGUCCUGGUAAAUUGUUUUUUCAUGUGUUGAUGAAUGCGCUGUAAAAGUGCUCUUUCUGCUUUUGCUCUUAUGCACUUAUGUCAAUGUGGUCAAAAUGGAGGGGCUCCCCUCUGGAUGAGCUUGAGGGUGGCCCAAGGCACAGGAAAAGAUGUGUGUUUUGUGUAUUUUGUCUGUUAAAACCCACACAGCUGAAACUUGUGUUUUAGAGAAAUCCAAAAGGGUUAUAAAAUGCCUGUGAAAAAGUGAGAUAUGUAAAAGAGCUCAACAAUAUGCCACAGCUGAACAGGAUCUGCUCAACCAUCCUUCCUGGGACUGAGCCUGAGAGCAGUGUAACAUCUGUGGGAACCACCUGUCUUCAAACAAGAACACAGAUCUCACCAGCUAUUGUAUAGACAAGCCUGAAUUUGGUUUACAAGGAUUUUAAUUCAGGCCCCAGAUUUAUGAACUGUUUAUUUCCAGAGAACUAAUCUUAGAAAGAAGGUAGGACAAAGAUGAAAUAAUCUGACAUGAGGGCAGCAUCAGUGUAGCAUUCCCCUGCUCUGCUGCAUCCAUUCAGAACAGGUCACAGCCAGGCUGCCCCAUUCAGAAACCCAUGGAAUAGGUAUUACUAUUAUUGCUGGCUUAGGCCAUGCACAGUUUUAUGUAGGGAAAUGGGACCAGUGGAAAUCUUUCCUUUUAUUUGUGGGCCUCAUAUUGGAUCUGGGAAAAAAAUCACUGGCUCUGUUUCCCAAGGAGCUGCUCCACCACACUCUCCACUGCCCCUCACUUUUCUGAAACAUAACUGCUGCCAAUGGUAAAAUGCUACAAUUCCUCUUUCCCACCACAAACAUUACAAUGGCUCACCACUUGGGCUUCAGGAUUUCAGGGUUCAGUUCUGAACUGAUCUAUGGGAUUUUACCUUCAGUGGAGAGCAUCUUUCAUUUGUUAAGAACCCAAAAUGUUUAAGAAAUUGCCUAUCAGAAGGCGUAACUCCAUCCAUCACUCAAAUGCAACAGAGCAGCUGUUUAUCAUUACACAGGAACUUCACCCAGAAGCCUGGAACAGGCAUAAAACCAGAAAAUUAUACUCAGUUGUCAGUGCAAAAGAAAUUUAACAAAAACGUAGCUCCACCCAUAGGUCCCCUGUACAAACUUCCCAGUUGGAAAAUACUGCUAGAAUCACUCUUAAUCACCAGGAAUUAAGGGCUAAUACUCCUGACCUAAGUCUGAAUUGACUGUAGUGACCUCACAGCAAGUGAUGAUGUUCUCCUAUUGGAGCAAAUAAGAGGAGAUUUUAGUUCAGCCCAGAGGAGAAGGGCUGUAAGGUGACAUUGCCUUGUGUUUGCUGUGUGCUUUUGUGAGCAUGGUUACAGCAGCUCAGCAGAUGUGCAAUGAUUUGCCAAACUUCAGCCACACAACAGUAAACCUGAGGCCUCUGCCUCAUUCAUGGAGGCUAAGAUUGACUGAUUGUCUACAGUCUGACAUGGAGGAUUAAUUCUUCAGAUAUGGGAACCCAGGGCAUCCACUGACAUCUUGGGAAAGUGCUGCUAAGUCACUGUGCUAGUGUUCAACACCUGGUUGGUAGAAACACAAAAUUAUAGAGGUUGUAUUAAUGAGGCAAAAGACAUUUUUGAAAUACUUUGAAGUUAUACAAAAUUAACAAAACCAAAACACUUUGCUACAACCAAGAGAGGAAAAUUCUGCACUGAUAAU